AUGGCAGAAACAUCUGGUCCUAACCCCGCAGAGCCUGCAGAUGGCGGUUUCAAGGGCUUCGAAAGAUCUCUGCCGGAGAACUGUGUCGAGUACAUGCUGUUCAUCAUCGACGCCAAGCUUCAACCUCAGCAAGUCUUCUCGCGCCUCGACACCGUGAGGAAGGCCGCCGUGCAGCUUUCGAGCCGGCUCACAAGUGGCUACAUCUGGCAGCGCGACGCCUUCAAUUUCGAGAUUGCAACCGAGAAAGGCCUCGUACAUCUCCACGGUAUCACCGACUACGGAGACUCAGUAGAGGAUGAAUGGCUCAUUGUCUACAUCCUGCGUGAGCUGACCAGGCAGUUCCCAGACUUGUGGGUGCGGGUCUCCGACAGCGAUGGCGAGUUCCUGCUCGUCGAGGCUGCCAACGUGUUGCCCAAGUGGUUGAGCCCCGAGAACGAUGCCAACAGGGCCUGGAUACACGGCGGCCAACUGCGCAUCAUACCUCUUGCUCCGGAUGGUGGUGCACAGCCUCGGAGCAUCACCCUAUCCGAAGCAUUCGGCGUACUCGAGUCUACUGCCCACACACUUGUGCACUCGCCCUUCGUCGAGGCCGAGGCCUUCUAUCGCCUCGAAAAAUAUCCCGCCCAGAUCCAAGAUUCCAUGCACCAUGCCAUUGUCCCCAUACCGAGACGGCUUGCCUAUUUGAUUCACCAGGCCCCGAAGGCUAUCGCGCCGGCUGUGGAGGCGUUCUACCUCAGAGACCCGAUCGCCAUGAAGCCCUUGAUGUCGCCUUCUGCCGUCUCUCUGGUUUUCCCGCCGAAAGACUUUGUUGAUCUGAGCGUCAAGUUCACCAAGGUGCUCUAUGCGCAGCUCAAGUCGCAGGUCUUCCCAGCUCCUCCGUCCUGGAAUGACGUCUUUUCGUCUUCGGAAAGACAGGCCGCCGCCGACGGUGGCAGCGUCGCCCAAAAGAAGCACACGAUGCUCGAGCUGGGCAUGAAAGUGACCUGCGGCUUUGAAAUGUUGGCAUCAAACGCAGCCAAGAGUAACAAUCGCACGGUCCGGGAAAUCGCCCUGUUACUGGAAGACUUGGCGGAGGAUGGAGACUCGGUCCUUCCCACAGACGCGGAGAUCGCAUCUUGGAAGGAAUGCUCGCGCGAUGACGACGACUCGUGGAUGGACAUCAAUUUUGAAGAUUUCGAAAAGCAGCUCGACGGCAGGGGUGACACCUCCAAGGCGGGUAAGCUCGGUGACACCGGUGCUCCUGCUGAUCUUCGCAAGAUCGUAUCCCGCUUCGAGGCCUUUCUCAAUGACGACAAGGCGGGUCUUGACGGAGCCGAGCACGAUGAGAUGGACGAGGAUGAUGACGACGAAUACGACGACGACGACGAAGAGGAUACGGACAGCGAGGAUCGUGAAAUCAGUUUCGACGAGGAGGAAUUCGCCCGCAUGAUGCGCGAGAUGAUGGGGCUGCCGGCGGACGCCAGCAAGUCAACCCAUCGAGGCAGCGGGAAGGCAUCCGAUGCGGACUUACAAAGGAAAAACCAUGAGGAUGAAGAGAUCAGGCACUUGUCAGAGCAGAUGGAGGCAGAACUGAAUGAGCACGGGGCGCUGAGUCUGGGCCUCGGGGCGGACAACCCCAAGUCUCUCAAAGACAAGGGCAAGAAAAAGGCCGGAGAAGUCUCGGGGGAAACAGUCCUUCGAGGUAUCGAUGACGAAAGUGAGGAUGAAGAAGUUGAUAUCGACUAUAACCUGGCAAAGAACAUCCUCGAAAGCUUCAAGGGCCAGGCUGGUAUGGCUGGACCUGUCGGAACGAUGCUUGCCGGCAUGGGCAUGCGGCUCCCUCGAGACGAAGGUGAGGAAGAGAGUGGUCACACCUAG